GCGAGGCACUCAGCCGGCAGUGUUCCUGCGCACGUCCUGCAUACCCAUCCUUCAGGCGCGACGUUAUCAUAAAGUGCGACUGCGACGCGGGGUGAACAGCCAUCAUAUUGCGCAAACAACAGAAUCGCACCAUCGACAACUUGCGAGACCACGUCCGGGCGAUUGACCUCGAAUCCUGCGAUCAGCACUCCCUGUUCGACCCACCGAUCGAGCGAACCCGCCUUGACCUCCCUGCAUAACAGGUUCGCGAGCCAGCCAUGUACUCGGGCGGCUAUGGCUUUGGCAAUGCCGGCGCAGGCAACUUCAACAACGCCGCACCGCAGCAGCAGCAACAGCAGGCACCACAGCAGGGCCAACAGCAGGGCCAGCCGCAGCAGCAGCAACCACAGCAACAACAGCAGAUGAUGUACAACCAGCAGCAGCAGUUCGCCGGGAUGAACUCCCAGGGCGCGUUCCCUGGUGGCAAUCCCCAGAUGAUGCCGGGCGGCAUGAUGCAGAACCCCGGGAUGCAGCAGAUGGCCGCCAAUGGACAGAUGGCAGGCUACCAGCAGCAGUUUGGCGGAUCACCAUACAACCAGGUCCAGAUGAACCCCCAAAACUUUGCGGCCAACAACUUCAUGAUGGGCGCAGGCGGCAUGCAGGGCUUCCCGAUGCAGCAGCCUGGCAUGCAGCAGACACCGCAGAUGAUGCAGCAGCAAAGACUGGCGCAGCAACAGCCGAACCAUCCAGGCGUCAGUCAAGUGUCCACGCCGCAAAGACCGUCCAGCUCUACCCAGGGCACCCCGACGAACGCGAUGCCGACGUCGCAUGGCCAGUUCCAGCCGCCGCCGCCGCCCGCACAGAGCCAGACGCCGACCAACUUCCAGCAGCAACCGGCCGACCAAGCCUCGACGCCCCGGACGCCGACAUUUGCCCAGAAUCAAAGGGCAGCCCAGGCCAUGGCGGCACCCAGUUCGACUCCCAUGAGCCCGGGGACCGAAGCGCGGGACAAGGAGAGGUUCGCGUUGCUACUCGACAUCAACCACGAGCUACUGUAUGAGUCAAUACAAAUACAGACCUCGCAGCAAGAGAUUAAAAAAGAGCUGGCAGCAGCGGGGAAACUGACCCCUGAGCGCAAGCAGACAGAGGAGGAACUGGGGCUGCAAAACGACUAUAUUCAGUGCAUGAGACGACUCCAGGCGAAUCUGUCUUAUAUGGCGGCCAUGGCAGAUCGCAAGCCAGACACCAAAUUACCGCCACAUCCAGUCUACCUGACAGCCCCGAAACUGACACUCUCCAUCAAGCUCAGGGCGCAGCCGAUUGUGCCCGAGGGGAGCGACUUGAAGCUGGACCCCGUGACCGACCGGGAAGAGCGAGAUCUGGCGAUGAAGGAGCUGUACGCCCGCCUCGCCGCCUGCUACCCGGGCGUCGAUCCCAACAAGGAGCCCAGCCAACGACCGGCGGGGAUGAUGCAGAAGCCGGGCAACCCAGGCUUCCACCAGGCCAGCCCGACGACGCAGAAGACACCUCAGAUGACCAGCAUGGCGGCGCCGCCCAAUCCGAGCAGCAUGGGGUCGUGAGACUGGUCUGGCUUGUUUGUAUUAUAGGGAGGGCGCGGCGGCGUUGGAGACUGGAGGCAGCUUGCUUGCUUGUUGGAUACCCCGCGGCGACAUUGAACACAUGGCUGCUGUGGUUUGGACAUUUAUGGGUGAACGGCGUCUAGCAUGGCGAUUUUUACCAAAAUAUAGACAUUUUGCGGUGCCUCAAGGUGCAACCCUUUCUACGUAGUACAGCCCUGUGUAGCCCUGAAGCCUUGUAGUGCUACAGGCUAUAACAAUUGCUCGAUAUUGGCACUAUCACUGCUC